GAGUAGAACCAAUAAGUCUUGCACAAAGUCUUUUCGGAAAUUUAUUAAAUUUUGAAGGCAAGACAGAUCUCAACAUUCGUGCUUUAGAGGUUGUGGAAGAACUUAGAACUAAAAGAGCAGACAAGCAGAAUAUAGGGACGGUUUGACCAGAUUCCUAGAUUUUGCAUUUGCCAAUGCAUCAUCUUAUGGGAUGAUACGUUGUCCAUGUCCGAAGUGUGGCUUCUGCCUCUUACAAAAUAGAGAGGAUGCGUUUGAUCACUUGGUGAUCAAUCCUUUUCCGUCUACUUACACAUUUUGGAUCCAUCACGGUGAGAGAUGCGGGGUCGAGCGCUCUUGUGACGGACAAGAAGAUCAAUCUGAACAACAUUUCAACGGCCCGAUGCUUGAUAUGGUCCACGGUGCAUUCAACUUCUCAGGACUUCCCGGUCCCGAAGAAGACUCAGAGAAUGAACAUGACGGCGGUGCUAUGGAUGAGUUGCCUUACUUAUACAAUGAACCUAGUCGAGAGACCCGCAACUUUCACGACCUACUCGAAGACGGAGAGCAGGAAUUAUACCCAGGAUGUUCAAAGUUCUCUAAGUUGUCUUUCUUGGUGAGGCUCUAUCACAUUAAGUCCAUGUGCGGAGUGAGCGAUAAGGCCUUCGGAAUGAUAUUGGAGUUGCUCGCGGACGCCUUUGAGCAUGCCCGGAUUCCAUCCACUGUGCACGAUGCCAAAAAAGUCAUAAGAAAACUCGGUCUCACGUACAAGAAGAUAGAUGCAUGUCCAAAUGACUGCAUGCUAUACCAGGGCAAUGACCAAGAGCUGACCAAAUGCAAGCAGUGUGGGACAUCGAGAUGGAAGCAUAAGACUAAGAAGAACUCUAGGGUGAGGAUCAAGAUGGUUGUCAAAAAGAACAGCAAACCACAAGCGGUGAAGAUUCUUCAUUACUUCCCCCUUAUUCCACGAUUGCAGAGGUUAUAUAUGUCUAGUAAGACAGCCGUUGACAUGAUGUGGCAUAAGAGAGGUCAUAACUCUGAUGGUAUGUAUAGGCAUCCAAGGGACGCCAAGGUAUGGAAGUCAUUUGACGUACGAUAUCCUGACUUCUCUCGUGAUCCACGUAGUGUUCGCCUAGCAUUAACUAGCGAUGGCUUUAACCCUUUUGGGAACAUGAGCUCAAAGUACUCAAUUUGGCCAGUGGUUCUUAUCCCGUAUAACAUACCGCCCUGGAUUUGCAUGAAACCCACUUCGUUUAUCCUCUCUAUGAUUAUUGCUGGUCCUAAAAUGCCUGAAAAUGACAUAGAUGUGUACCUAGAGCCGUUGAUCAAUGAGUUGAAGCAAUUAUGGAGGGGUGUUGAAAUUUAUGAUGCAGUCGAGAAAAAAACCUUCAAGAUGCAUGCUGCGUUGAUGUGGACAAUCAGUGAUUUUUCAGGCUUGGAGAACUUAUCUGGGUGGAACACGUACGGUGGGAGAGCCUAUCCUGCGUGCAAUUUGGAUGCUGAAACUAACAGCCUUAUACACAGCCAGAAAUGGUGUUUCAUGGGUCAUCGUCGCUUUCUGAAUCAUGACCACAAAUACAGAAAAGACCGGUACUCCUUUGAUGGAAAGAUAGAGGAUAGAGGUCCGUCUAUUAGAGUCUCUGGUAGAGACAUUAUCCGGCAGUUAGAGGGUGUGCAUGUCCAAUUUGGCAAGGUGCAAUCGAUUACAGGGAAAAGGACACGCGGACAGCAAACUCCCAUGCAAGACAAGACUUCUUGGAAGAAGAGGAGUAUAUUCUUUGAGCUGCCAUAUUGGGAGAACAAUGAAUUGCGUCACAACCUUAAUGUCAUGCACAUAGAGAAGAAUGUGUGCGACAACAUAGUAUUCACUAUAAUGAACGAGAAAGGUAAGUCUAAAGACCACAUUAAAGCUCGAAGAGACCUCCAGUCGAUGGGAAUCAAGCAUGAUUUGUGGUAA